GUGAACUGAAAGACUGAAACUGAAAUUAUCUUAUCCUUCCUCCCUCUCAGAAGAUAGAAACUGAAAUUGAACCUGAAACAUAUGUUUUGUUGAAUUAGUGGUGGUUAUAGCAAAGAAGACGCAUAUAGACGCUAGACAUUUAGAUGUGUGCUUUAAUUUAAAAUUUUGAUGCAUCCAACUCGAAGACAUCUUUGAUUAUUUUGGAGUUUUCAUGAAACACAGACAAGUAAGAUUCUAGCUUCAGAUCCAGACCGAGACAAGAUCACCUGAAGCAACUAACUUUCUAUCAAUGGCGUCCGCCAGCAGGAGCAAUGAUUUAGAUUUGACAGGUUUACUUCUGUCUGAUCUCAAAGCUGAAGAUUUAGAUGAAAUCAGGCUCCCGAGCCUACGUACCCGUCUCAAAUCAUAUGUCUGGACUGACGCUGUGGCAAAAGAUGUGCCUUCUCCUCACAGUCCUGACAUUUCAUUGUCAGAUAUCAUCCGCAUGGGAGAUUGCAUGAUCAUUAUGUUAGCCAGGGGUCCCACCGACCGACUUGGUGAACUUGUAGCAGCAUUGGCUCUACAAAUCCGGGAUCACAAACUUCGCAGGAUGUUUCCCCAGGAUCAAUUCGAGGCAAGAAUUUUAGAAGGGGACGUCAUUGGCCAGACUGUUUCAGUCGAAGUGCUCCAAGAAAUUGAAAUGUUUGUUGCAGAACAUCAUAAAAUUUCAGAUAUUUUCAAAAAAGGGGAGGAGGGUAAUAGACCUCAAUUCUUCCUGGAUCUGAGAUGUGCUGAAGACUUCUUCCUUCGAUACCCGCACCUUAAUAAGCCUGACUGGGAUGAUACUCUCAGAUUUUUCAGUCACUUUGAGAGCGUAAGUGACGAAGUCAAAGCUGCUUUUUAUUGCUUCGUUGCAGCAAUGUUGGUUAGAUGCUGCGUCAAAAGCCCGGAAACAGUCAAAAGAAACCUUGAAAAAACUGAGGAGAGUUUCAGGUUUUUGGUCAGCCACAGAAUUCAGGGUCUUAUCCUGCCAACCCCAAUGACUAAAUCUCUGAAGAUGCUAGGGUUGUACUUUAAGCCCGGAGGAAAAUUCCUUCGGCAAGUCUUGAAGGUGUUUCUACUUCAUAGGUACUACAGCAAAACCAUACACCCUGCAGCUUGUGAAAUACUCAACUUCACUCUCCUCGAGCACUGUAAGUACAACGGUAUGCAGAUGAUUGCUCUCACAGAAAUGACUUCCGAUAUAGAAGGGGAUAGCCUCAGUAGCUUUCAUAAGUAUUUUCAUAAUGAUGCGACCAACAAAAGUUGGGCGAAAAUCUGCACUUACUUUGAAACAUACUUGGAUGCUAAUAAUCCUGCCUAUCCCGGGUACUUGGCACCCUGGAGCAGGCUGUUCCAUAAUGAAUUCUGGUCCAACUUGCACAUUAAACACCACUCUGCGCUUGGGCGCAUACUUUUGGCCGCCUGUGAGUGCCAAAACCCAACUAUUUGGCAUAUGAAAAAACCUCAAAUUGAUCCAUACUUUAAGAAACGUGCCCGAGAACGUGUUGAAGAGUACAGGAAAGGCAAGGAGAGAACGAAAUGAUCUCCUCUGCUUCAGAGAUUGGGGAAGUAUCGAUGUUAUGCAGUUGGAUGAUAGAAAAAAAAAGAAAAACAUCAGUGAUCUCAUGUCGGCACCGGAAGUUCAGAACUAGUUUUAAGAAGCUAGCAAAUUCAAAUUGUGAGAGCUAUUUGCUAUUGCCUCCAGGGCUUCAGAAGGGUCAGAACGCUUGAGAGCCAUUUCAGUAAAUAUUAGUUGGUAAAACAGUAAUAUUGUUUUAUUGAAGCUUUUAUUGCUACUAACCAAUAUACAACAUAAUAUUGAAUUUUAAAAAGGAUCUUUGUAAACUUUAUAGCUAAUAAGUUGAAUCAGAAACUGACAUGCCGUUUUGAAAUUUUUGUAUCGUUGCUAUCAACACUGUUAUAUGCUUACUUGCAGAUAAGUCACAAUACUUUAAGGCAAGAACCUACCUACUACAACGAGACUUUUUAAAAAAAGCACUAACUUUUCAAAUAGGUUACAUAUGACUGUAUAAUAAGGUGGGCCAAAAAACACUUUUUUUUAAAGAAGUUUCAAUGAUGAAUGGAUAGGGUGGAAACAUAGAGUACCAUUGGUGGAGCAAAGUACAUAUAAAGAAUUUGAUUUUUUUUAAAACAAUUCCUUGAUUUGUCGCAAUUGGAUUGAAGUUUUCACCAAAUGCUGUUUUUUGAUGUUUUUAGCAAGAGUAAAAAACAGGGUUCGAAAAUGACAUGAUAUUUUCAAAAAUAUCCGAUAUUUUGAUAUAUCCUAUUGGAUAUUUUGUUAUGUAUCCGAUAUUUUCAACCAGCUGAAAUUAAAGUCUUCAAAAUAAUAAAUACAUCCUUAAAUCAUUCUUUAUUUUCUUAUAUUGUUAUUACAAUAUGUAGACUUAAAAUUAAAGUUUCUUAUAUUAUUUAUAUCAAAUAUUUCAUUUAACAUUUUUAUCGAUUUUAAUGGUGUCAAUUUAGCAUUAGCUGAUUUAUUCAUUUUUCUUCUGUCAGCUACUUUUAGUUAAAUUAUUCAGAAAUAAAAAAUAUGCAUUAGUCUGUGCACAGUCAUAAGACAUUUUCUUUUUUUCUGACCACUGUUUAAUAUUUAAUUAGACACUUUUAAUAUGUAUUAAAACUGUUACAUUACU